CCUCCCCCGAUCUUGAAUGAAGACAAGCUCCUCCGCCACUGCUAACCAAACUGCGGAACUACAGCAGCGACACACACGGUCAUUUGUAGCCUGAAGUUUAAGGUACACGGUGAACACGGAGGCCUUCUUCAUCGAUCACUAUUUGGAGCAGAUUAUCAACUGCAGCAGAAAUAAGCUAACGACGCACAAGUGGCUAGUUAAGUUAAUGUCGUUUGACAGCUAACGCUAACUAGCUAGUCUGUUUGGUAUUCGACGUCAGUUUCAAAACAAAGCCCGCAAAAACGGAGAAGUUGAGAGUCAGCUGUCACCUGCAGAAAAGCUUGAGACUGAACAAGCUAAACUGUUUCUAAGUCUGUAAACCGAUCAAGAUACAUCACGCUUUUCAGAUAAUGUUUGAUACACUCGGUUAAUGCUUAAUUAACGGUACAAGGUAGAGGAACUGUCAGCAGGCUUGAUCUCAUCCAGCAGCUACGAGGUUCUCUCGAUACGAAUCUGGUUCCUUCAAACUUGGAUUUAAAUGUCCGAAAAGAGUACCUCGUCCGGUUCGGAUGAGGAUGUGGACCCGGAGUCCGCACAGCAUGUGGACGUUGGAGGCGUCUUAAGCAAGUGGACAAAUUACAUACACGGAUGGCAGGACCGAUGGGUUGUGUUGAAAAACAACACCCUGAGCUACUACAAGUCGGAGGAUGAACGGGAGUACGGCUGCAGGGGAUCUCUGUGCCUCAGCAAGGCUGUUAUCACACCUCACGAGUUUGACGAGUGUCGUUUUGACAUGAGCGUGAACGACAGUGUCUGGUACCUCCGGGCUGAGGACCCCGAGCACAGACUCCAGUGGAUCGAGUCGAUAGAGCUGCACAAGGCUGAGUCGGGUUAUGGUUCAGAAACCAGUCUCAGGCGUCAUGGCUCCAUGUUGUCUCUCACCUCAGCAGCCAGUGCCCUGUCCGCCACAUCUUCAUCCUCCUUCAAGAAGGGGCACAGGUUGCGUGAGAAGCUGGCAGAAAUGGAAACCUUCCGGGACAUUCUGUGCAGACAAGUGGACACGCUGCAGAAGUACUUUGACUCCUGUGCUGACGUCGUCUCCAAAGAUGAAUUUCAGAGGGAUAGAGAAGAAGAAGAAGAUGAAGAAGACUUUCCCAACACUGCAAGACCUGAUGGUGAAUGUAAUCACAACAACAAUGGCAGCAAAGAGAAACUGUUUCCACCUGCCAGUCCAAAAGGUAUGAACGGAAUAGACUUCAAGGGGGAGGCCAUCACCUUCAAGGCCACCACGGCAGGCAUCCUCUCCACACUGUCCCACUGCAUCGAGCUGAUGAUGAAACGAGAGGACAGCUGGCAGAAGAGGGUGGACAGGGAGCUAGAGAAAAGGAAGAGGGUAGAAGAUGCCUACAAGUCUGCGGUGAAUGAGCUGAAGAAAAAGUCCCACUACGGAGGACCCGACUACGAGGAGGGGCCCAACAGUCUGAUCAAUGAGGAAGAGUUCUUCGAUGCGGUGGAAGCUGCACUGGACAGACAGGACAAGAUAGAGGAGCAGUGCCAGUCAGAGAAGGUCAGGAUACCUCGACUAAGCCCCGUGCCUCCAGGUGACGCCUACUCCACCAUCGGUACACACCGAUACGCCAUGAAGCCCCGUAGCCAUUCUUCUUCCCUCUCCUCCGUUGAGCUAGUCAGUGCCUCCGAUGACAUUCACAGAUUCAGCGCUCAGGUCGAAGAGAUGGUGCAGAAUCAUAUGACCUACUCUCUUCAGGAUAUUGGUGGAGAUGCCAACUGGCAGCUGGUAAUAGAAGAAGGAGAGAUGAAGUUGUACAGGAGAGAAGUGGAGGAGAACGGUAUCGUGCUGGAUCCUCUCAAAGCUACGCAUUCAGUGAAGGGCGUGACGGGACACGAGGUCUGCCACUACUUUUGGGACACAGCUGUCCGAAUGGACUGGGAGACCACUAUUGAAAAUUUCAACGUUGUGGAAACCCUCUCCGAUAACGCCCUCAUUGUUUACCAGACGCACAAGAGAGUGUGGCCGGCCUCUCAGAGAGACGUGCUCUAUCUGUCAGCCAUCAGGAAGAUCCUGGCAACAAACGAGAACGAUCCCGACACGUGGCUGGUGUGCAACUUCUCUGUGGACCACGAAAAUGCCCUUCCCACAAACCGGUGCAUUCGUGCCAAAAUCAAUGUUGCUAUGAUCUGCCAAACGCUGGUCAGCCCACCAGAGGGGGACAAAGAGAUCAGCAGAGACAACAUCCUUUGUAAGAUCACCUACGUUGCCAAUGUAAACCCAGGAGGCUGGGCUCCGGCCUCGGUCCUCAGAGCCGUGGCCAAGAGAGAGUUUCCCAAGUUCCUCAAGCGCUUCACUUCCUACGUCCAGGAGAAAACAGCUGGGAAGCCCAUCCUCUUCUGAACACAAUGAGGCUUGCAGGGGUGCCACGUUUGCUCUGUGGAAAGACUACAUUGUUCAGUGUUGAACCGGCGCUCAAACUACACGACCCAUUCUUAUAUCAAUAAGAAUGUGUUAAACUACUACUCGCAGGACCCUUUAUCAUCCCGCUGGACACUUGCUUGUAGAAGAGACUGGUUUUACGGCUUUAAUCCAUCAGUAGUUGUCGUCCCGACCGCAUGAUCAUGGCUAACCACCAUGUUGUUGGUCACGGGUUCACUUGUAUGUAAAUUCAAGUGGUUUUUGAAUUGUUGUUACCAAUUAUUUGCUUUUUUUUGUAAAUUGUUUUGUACAUUUCUUAUGAUUAUAUACUUCUUGACUUGUUUUGGGUUUGCUUUAAUCACUAGUAUUACAGCUACUUGUUUUGCUGCUGCUAAAGUAACUACCAUGAGAGAGGAGAGUGGAUUUGGACAGGACAAGCAUUGAUGAGGUGUGGUACAGCGUCUCCUCCUUCUGCCUUCUCCUGUCCCUCUGGUGAUGACUCUCUUUGCGGUUUGAUGUUGGGGGGAGGGGCCAGAGACUAAAGCUUUGAAAUCUUUAUAUUUGUAGAUUGUUAUUAAACUAGCUGUCAGAGAGCACCAGGGACACAAUGUAUUAUACAGAGGUAAUGUGUUUUCAGUUAGUUUACCCAAUGUGAGAAAUGUGAAUUGACUGUUAAAUGCUUGAAUUUGAUUACAUUAAUGGGCCAAGGAAACCUGAAGCGGCAGACAAAAGUCAUGUUGGACAUGUUUUUGACACGGUUGAAGUGAUAAUUGGAUAGAAGUGCAGUUGACUGGGUCUAUAGAUGCCUACUGUCAGUGUGUGUCUGUUUUUAACCCCCACAUAGCACACAGGUUGACAGUCCUUUUUGCCAAAGGCCAGCCAAAGUGUCUAAUGUACAGUUUCCUCUCUGUUAUUGAGAGACGAGUGGAUACGUUUUAUAAACCCUGGGUGGUUUUUCACAAUUUUCAGCCCGAGUGUCAGGUUUGUAAAUUAGUCCCACUGCUUUUGAGCAAGGUAAGGUAACGUUGUAAUAUGUUGAGUAGGAUAUCAACUACACAGACUCUUAGUCAUCCUCUGACAUUACAUUUCACACGCCACGCCACACUACAGUGCAGUGGCCUCUUGCCCUUUGACUGAUAAACUACCCCCAGAAUGCCUUCGACACCAGGAUGGAAAUCCAGGUUAUCUUUACUGUACAGCCACCAGAUGUGCAUUUAUCAACACUGAAGUGAAGCGGGGGUGGGGUGGGAGGGUCAGCAUUUCACAUCAUCUUACCUCAAGAUUGAAAUUGACUUUAGAUUGUAUUUGAUGACAUCAAACGUUGGGAGUUCUGCAAUCACAAAAAAAAAUCUGAUUUUCGGACUAAGGGGUCAGAAUUAAGGAAGGAUCUGGAUUAUUGUUCUGCUGAUGAUUACAAGAGCGAGAGCCACGAGUCAGCCGAAGAAUGCGUUUUUAAUUUUCAUAUUUUGUCAGUCAUCUACACACUUUGUAUAUUUCUAAGUUGUACAUCAGAAGUGUUAUUAUUUGCACUAAAUGUAAUGCAAUCUGACAAUGUUCUGUAAAUUAAAAUGGUUACACAACAGAA